CUCUUCGCCAGGGCCCCGCCUCGCUCGCCGAGAGGGGCGGGGGUUGCUGUGUGCUGGAGGCGGCGGCGAAGGAGCAGCGAUAGUGGGAGCAGCCCAAGCAAGGAGGAAGCCACUCAGCGCCCGGCCGACCUCUCUCGCCCCGGACCGCCAGUCAUUUCACUGGGCAGAGGAGGAGGAGGGCGCCGCCGCCGACACAGCGCAGCGGAGGAGAGUCUCCCUUUUCUCUCUGAAUUGCUCGCCGCCGCCGCCGCCUUCGUCCGCCCGCCAUUAGCGCUGCGAGCCGGUGUGCGCCGCCGCGCUCUCGGCCGGCUGGGCUGGGCCGGGCCGGGCCAGGCGGGGGAGGAGUAGCCGCCGCCGCCGCCCAGUCUCUCGAGGGCCGGGUCCCCGUUUGAUGGAUCCCCGGAUCGCCUGGUUCCAGCCAGAGCAGCUCGGCCCCUCGAACCGCCUGUGGAUGCAGAUCUGGGAGACCACGCAAGGGGUCCGCAAUCUCUACUUCCAGCAGCAGCAGCAGCACGAGCAGCAGCGCGCCCAGCAGCAGCAACAGCAGCAGCCCGCCUCGGCCGCCUCCUCCAGCAGCAGCAGCAGCAACACCGCCGCCGCCGCCGCCAACCCCGGGGUCGGCCCGGCCUCGCCGCCGGGCAUGUCCCGCGGCCCCCGCUGCGACCCUCAGCCCGACUUCCUGCCGCUCGAGAGCGCCAACCACCAGCAGCACAACCACCUCCACCGGCGGCAGGCCUCCUCGCCGCAGCCGCCGGUCGCCACCGCCUGGGCAGGCAGGCCCGGCGCCCGGGCAGCGGCUGCAGCCCCAGCGCCUCCUGUCGCGGCCGUCUCUUCCUCCUCCUCGUCUUCUAUUUCUUCUUCCACCGCCGCCGCCUCUUCUCCUUCCCCGGCGGCCGCCGCCGCCGCUUCUUCGGCAGCUGGCCCUUCUUCGUCUUCCACUUCAUCGCCGCCCGCCGGCUCGGGUUCUUCGGCCGCCAGCAACAAGAGGAAGCGCGACAACAAGGCCAGCACCUUCGGGCUCAAUUACACCCUCCUGCUCGGGCCCGCCGGGGAGAGCGGGAUCCCGGCGCCGGGGGACGGGCCCCUGGGGAGGCCGCAAGCUGGCCCGGACGAGCCCGCCUACACCGGCACCCCGUGGAAGAAGGCGAACUACAGCCAAGGAGUGGUGGGUCUUCAUGAAGAAAUCAUUGAUUUCUACAAGUACAUGUCACCCAGACCUGAAGAAGAAAGAAUGCGAAUGGAGGUGGUGAAUAGGAUAGAAAACGUUAUAAAGGGUCUAUGGCCCAAUGCUGAUGUACAGAUAUUUGGAAGUUUUAAGACUGGUUUAUAUUUACCUACUAGUGAUAUAGACUUAGUUGUGUUUGGGAAAUGGGAGACGCUGCCGCUUUGGACCCUGGAAGAGGCUCUCAGGAAACACAACGUGGCAGAUGAAGGUUCAGUAAAGGUUUUGGACAAAGCAACUGUCCCUAUAAUUAAACUGACUGAUUCCUUCACCGAAGUAAAGGUUGAUAUCAGUUUUAAUGUACAGAAUGGGGUAAAAGCUGCUCUUCUCAUCAGAGAUUUUAUCAAGAAAUAUCCUGUAUUGCCAUAUCUAGUUUUAGUAUUGAAACAGUUCUUGUUGCAGAGGGACCUGAAUGAAGUGUUUACAGGUGGAAUUGGAUCUUAUAGUCUUUUUUUAAUGGCCGUCAGUUUUCUCCAGCUACAUCCCAGAGAAGAUGCUUGUACCCCCAACGCCAACUACGGUGUCCUUUUAAUAGAAUUUUUUGAAUUAUAUGGGCGUCAUUUCAACUACCUGAAAACAGGAAUCCGAAUAAAGGACGGUGGCUCAUAUGUGGCUAAGGAUGAAGUGCAAAAGAAUAUGCUAGAUGGCUAUAGACCAUCAAUGUUGUAUAUUGAAGACCCACUGCAACCAGGUAAUGAUGUUGGCAGGAGUUCUUAUGGUGCCAUGCAAGUGAAACAGGCCUUUGAUUAUGCAUAUGUUGUUCUGAGCCAUGCAGUAUCGCCAAUAGCUAAAUAUUAUCCCAACAAUGAAAGUGAAAGUAUAUUAGGAAGAAUUAUCAGAGUAACACAAGAAGUCGCAACAUACAGAGACUGGAUAUCAAAGCAAUGGGGAAUGCAGAAUAGCACAGAAACAUCAUGCAAUGGUAAUGGGGUGACCUUGAUAGACAACCAGCAGUUGGACAAAUGCAACAAUAAUCUUUCCGAAGGGAAUGAAUCACUAGGGAAACCUAGAAGUAAAACAGAGACACCAAGCAAACACUCAUCAAAUUCUUCAUCAGGCCCUUUAUCAUCAUCAUCUUCUACACUCUCCAGCUCCAGCGACGUAGAGUCUGAUGGAACACCAUGCAAAACCUCUAAACAGCUGGGCUGCCGCCAAACUACAGCAAACAGAAUGGCUACUCAGGACAUAUCACUGGGAUCCACGCAGUUGAGUGGGAAAAUACCAAGUGGCCAAACAGUGAAUGCAUCCAGUGUUGUAAACAAGUCCCAGCACGGAUCCACGAGGUUAUUCCGCACUUCUUCCAACAAAGGCUUCCAGGGUCCAGCAAAUUCAAGCCAUGGCACCUCGGUCAUGAACAAACAGCACCAAGGCAGCAAAUCACACCAGUUUUUCCACGGCAAAAAGAGGAAACACAAGAGGGACGUGGUCCUUCCAGACCUUUGUAGAUAGUUCUCCUAUCUGACAAUUUUGACUGUUCUUCUGUGUGCAAUGAUCUCUCUCAUGCUACAAGAGUAAGUUGGGACAGUGAAUCCCCAGACCUCAUCUGGAGUCUCAAAAGACUAUGGGAACGUUGAUUAGCAACGCAUUUUAGUUUUUAUUUUUUCCAGCUCGCCACGGAACAGAUCAUGAAGACUGAUAACGGCAAAAGGGGGGGAGGGAGGGAAGAGGGAGCAGCAAAAGGCCACUUAUGUGGCGAGUUAUAUGCUACCACAGGGUUGUUUAGGAUAUAAAAGCUUGAAUGUAAAAUAAAUAUUUCCCAUCAGCUUUUAUGCUGACCUGUAGGGGGGGUAGUAUUCAGUGUGUUUAAGGGGUUGGAAAUGAACUAAAAUAAAAGGAUAAAAAAGUGAAAAAAAUACUAUAUUUUGAGGGAAGCCCAAAGUUCAAAGGAGAGUGAGUAAAUUCACGCAUGAUAAUUUUUAAAUUAUUUUUGCAUAUAUUUACCAUUUUAUUGUGUAUCUAUAGACGACCAUAUAGGAAAACUGACAUUUGUAAUAGUGGAUUUGUUAAUACUUUUUACAUAACAUUGCCAUUUAAAUUGUAGAAACAUCCCCCUCCUUUUCCCUCAGGACUAGCUUAAAAAUAAUAAUAAUCUGAACUGUCAGCUGAACAUCGGACAACGUAGUGAGUUAUAUGGCUCAGAAAUUGUGGUGUGCUUCCCCCACCCCUUAGCAUUGAAAUGAUUUAAUAGCACAUUUAUGUGUCUGUACAUGUUGCUUCUCUGAAGGAAAAAAGGCAGAUAAGAUGCAGGGGCGCAAAGACUUGUUUAUAAAGUGUAAAAAUGCAUCAUGUGUCAACUUGGAGCUUGUAUUUCCUCUCGCACGAGUGGAAAAUGAACUCUUCACCUUCUUUCUGAUGUGCCAUCUUCUCAGGCAAAAAGGGUUAUUCCAGGUUACUUUUCAUCAGAAACCUUAGGGGUUUUUUUUUAUUAUUUGAUAGGAAACCAAGCUACUUGAGGGGGGGCAGGGAAGGAAGCACUUUGCUACAUGAAGGAAAACAUCUCAAGUUCAUUGGUGAUGUCUACAUUUUGGGACCUCCUCUAAACCUUAUGUCUUUUUUUGUGCCUUCAUCCCCAUUUUUUUCCUCCUUUACCUUGCAACUUUGUAUCUUUUUCUUAAAAAAAACAAAAACUUGAGAAAUGGAACUGUUAAGGCAGUUGGAAAAAAAAAUUCCCUUGUUAUCUCAUUCCUUUUUCAGUAUAUUUUUAAAUCCACUCAAAGAAUUAAACGGUCUUCAAUAAUGGAAAUAAAUUUGUAUUGCUGUCUAAAGAGCUGAAACCUUUUUCAUAUCCAAGUACUUCUUUGUCAAAAAUCUCCCACCCCCACCUUUUAAAAACAUUUGAACAUUUCCUAAGCUCAGCCAUGCUGUGGGUUUUAAGACUGACAAGAAGUUCAUGCGAUGAAUGCAAAAUGGGACAUGUAGGUUUGUAGUCACUUGCAUUGUUUGCAAAAAGGAUUUGGAGCACUUUAAUUGAUAGAAUGUAAAGUGACUUUUACUGUAACAUUUUUCUUUGAAGAGGAAAGUGUGUUUGUGUGCGUGCGUGAGUGUGUGUGUGUAUUCAGUAUGUAAGACUGUGUUCAGUGUAUCCAGUCUGGAGAAUGAUGAUGAUCCUUUUAUGAGGAAUAAUAAUUAGCUUUUAGAUGUUUUCUUUUAUAAUUGCAGACCAACUUGACCUUUAAUAAGCACUGAUCUAGUGCAAAAGCUUUUUAAGUAAAAUAAUGCAAAACGACCAAAAACUGUCAUCACUGAAAACUUAAUAAAACACACACUCUUGAUGGUAAAGCAUUUAUUUAACUUCCAAGGAAAUGGAGGAGGGAAACACAACCUAGCCCACCCUAAUGCUCAAGAACACUAAGCUUAAAGGAAAAAGAAUGUUAACCUGUCAAUGUUUUCAAUUUUAGAUCCAUAUUCUGUUCUGAUCAGUUUUUAUCAACAAUAUUUUUGUUACUAUAAUUUGCUGCAAGUACAUUAUGCAUUAUUGAAAAGUAUUUAUUUUGAAUUUUAAAAAUGUUUUAUAACUGUGUAGGCCUACCUUCACUGCUUUGGGAACAAAUUCUAAAUUAUAGUAAUCCAGUAUUACUAGCUGCUGUUAUCAAACGCUGUUACAAAUGUGUAAUACAUCGAUCUGUAUUACUUAACCACACUGAAGGGUUGUUGUUAUUAUUUUUAUCAUUAUUUAAUUUUUCUUCUUCAAAGAAUCACCCUCAUUGUUGGAAACAAAUGUUCUGUCGGGAUGCAGAGUUUGGUGUUCCAAUAAGCAUGUGAUUAUUUUAAUGUGGUGGUAGCGGGAAGAUAAUCUUGAUUCCGUUGGGAAUCUUAGGUUUGCCUCAAUUUAUGGUUUUCAUAAAUUUUAAUGGAAAAUUAGCUUUUCCUGGACUGCUCGAGUUUCAUUUUGUAAACAGUAUAUUUCUUAACAGAAGACAACAUCGAAGAAAAAAAAGCAUGAAGGAGAAAUUGAGGUAUUUACUUUGCCUCAGAUUACCAGCAUUGUAUUCAUGAAACACUGUAUGUCUAAGCAAAACUUUUAUUUAAACUGGACAGUUGAACUGUUCGCCUUUUUCAAUCUGAAGUAAAAAGAAAAUAGCUUCGA